UCUACGUCACUGCAAACUUUGUCAAUUGACUUUAGAUUGAAAUGUCCAUACGGUGACAGGGUAGGUUUAAUCGGGUGAUAUGAUAAAUUGUGUUGUAUGUCGCGGAGACGUGGGACAACAUUGUGUUGUUUUGUUAUUCUUGUUUGGAUAAAAGUAUACUUUAUUGUCAAUGAGCGUUCAGCGACAUACUGGAAGUUGUGUAGGAAAAUGGAUUGGCCACAUCGGUACUGGACAAGGCGUAUAAAAAAGCUGGGCGUUGUCGUAUGUGGCGGAUUUCUGCUGACUUUAUUGUUUUCCCUGAGCAACAUUUCAGGAAAGUUCAAGUUCAGCGAUUCAAAGUUGCGUUUUACGUCAACAGAACUUGAUGUCUACGCAUGGCUUAACGACACGACUUCUUUUUGUAAAGGUCAUUAUACGGCAUACGGUCACACGUUCUUCAAGUUGAGGUCAGCCGUAUACGACCCUAAGAAAGACUUCUUCACGAUACAAUGUGACGAAUGGAUGUGGUUUAAAAAACCUUCAACUUAUUGGUUUAAUGGAAAUUACGCCCCGCCAAAGUAUUCCGAAUCUUUGACCUUUGUAAGGUCAAAAGGUCACGACCUACAUAACACUUUAAAAGAUAAUAAUAUUACAAUUGUUGUCAACAGAGAGUAUCCGCAUAAUUUCUAUCAUGCAAUGACUCAAUGGUAUAAUAUCUACGUUUUAUCUCGACUUUUUAAGUUCGAUAUGAAAAAGGUCAAUAUACUUUUACUCGACCAUGGUCCAGUGGUUCAUAUAGAUGAACAAUGGAAAUUAUUGUUUCAAGAAGUUAGAAAGUCGGAGAAUCUAACUUCUUCAAUAUAUCUCAGGGAAGCUAUAUUUAAUAUACCCGGACACGAAAGUCCAAUGUAUUAUUUUAAUCUCACCCAUCUUCCAUUCGUUGAAGAAUUUUCACAGUAUUUUCUGAAAAAUUUUAAAUUAAAGAGCAAAGAAACAUACAAUUGUAAGAAUUUAACUAUAACGCUAAUUCUAAGGCACGAUUAUUUCAUGCAUCCAGGUGUCAGUAAUGAAAAAAGAAUCGCGGAAAGAAAGUUUAAAAAUGAGGACGAAUUGAUAGCAAAGCUAAAAUCAGAAUUUCCGGGUCACACGGUGCAGACGUUAAUUGCAGAAGACAUGUCACUUCCGGAACAGCUGAGUAUGACGUCAAAAACGGAUAUUUUGAUUGGGAUGCAUGGAUGUGUUCUUUCUCAGACAUUCUUCUUGCCAAAACACGCAAUGGUGCUAGAAAUGUUUCCGAAUUUUUGGGAAAUUAAAAUGUUCUUUAAUUCUCUAGCUAGGUGGAGGAAUAUAAAUCAUGAAUAUUGGAAAAAUGAUGACAAAAGAAAUGAAUAUGCAAAUCAUUACACAUAUGUGCCUUUAAGUGUAAUAGAAAAGUUUGCUGUUCGGGCAAGAACACACUUUAUAUGCAGUAUUCAUUAG